ACAGGCGCUUUUGCCUAAAGUUAUAUAUUGGGAAAAUAAUAGUUUUAAUUAUAUUGUAUAGGUUUAUUGCCGACAAUAUUAGCGUAAGUCCGUUACAGGUUAUUGCCUACUGAUUGAAGUUUUAACGACAAAAAAUUUUUUCAACUUUUUACUGUAUAAAAAUUUUAUAAACUGACACAAUCCCCCGAACACAAGAUGUUUGGCUUCCGCACACCAGAGAAUAAGGUUGGACAGGCGUCCACAUCUGGUGUAGCACGGCAAACUCCACCUGAAAAAACACAAGGAUUAGUGAAGGAAGCGCAAAAGAAAUUGACAAAUAACAAGGAGAAAGCGGAGAGUUCGCCCAAAUAUCGAAGCAGGGCCAUGGAGGCGAAAUCAUGGGUCGUUAAAGCGAAAAUACAUUUAAGUCAAUCCAGAAAUACAAAAACAGAAAUAAAAAAUGAAGUCACGCUAGCUAUUGAUAAACUUUACCAGAUAAUUAAAGAAUUAGAGGGAGAUAAAAACAGGGAAGGAAAGGAAGAAGGGAAGAAGGAAGAGAAGAACGAUAAUAAGGAACUGGAAAAAGAGGAAAAGGACAAAAUGUACGAAAAAAUGUAUGAAAUGAAAAAAUCUUUAAUACAGAAAAUGGAGGAACAUGAGGAGUUAAUAAAACAAAGUAAUUUAAAAAUUAAUGAUUUGAAAACUACAUUGGAUAAACAUAAUGAAAUUCAAAAUCAAACCUAUACUUAUGCUAGUGCCGUGACGAAGGGAAUGAGAAGACCACAACAGACAGCUCUGCAUUCUGUUGUGAUUACAUCAAAGAAUGAGACAGAUACAGGUGAGGAGGUCUUAAACAAAAUAAGAAAGACCGUAAACGCGAAGGACGGCGGAGUCGUAGUAGAGAAGUUGAGAAGGGUUAAAGACAGGAAAAUAAUUGUUAGUUGCAAAACGGUGGAAGACAGGAAUGUUUUAAAAGAGAGGUUGAGUAAAGCCGAAAAACAACUAGAGGUCAAGGAUAUAAAAAACAAAAAUCCACUAGUAAUAUUGAAAGACGUCCUUAGCUAUAAUACAGAUGAAGAAAUUAUAGAGGCCCUAAGAAAUCAAAAUAAGCCUAUAAUUAAGGAGGAAGAUGAAAUAGAAAUAUUAUAUAGAAAAAGGGCAAGGAAUGCACUUGCAAGACAUAUAGUGUUACGAGUGCCCCCGCAGGUGUGGAAGAGUAUGAUUGAGAAGGAGAAGGUGCAGAUCGACCUGCAGAGGGUGCGGGUGGAAGACCACUCGCCCCUCGUGCAGUGCUCGAUCUGCCUCGAAUACGGCCACCCAAAAAGGUUGUGCCGCGACCGAAACGGUCGAUACGAAAGAUGUAGUCACUGCGGGGACACGGAACACAAAAAAGAAAAAUGCAUCGAAUGGCGUGAAGGGAAGGAACCCGUGUGUUUCUUGUGCAAACGUGAGAAGAUGGAUAACCUAAACCACAACGUCUUCGACCGAGAGUGCCCGGUGAGGCAGAGAUGGGAUGCAAUAGCGAGAGCCGCCAUUGCAUACUGCUGAG